AUGGCCUCUCUAACGGUGCCGUCCAAUGACAGGUUCCAGAACCAUGUCGCAUUCGAUAAUCUGCCGCUCGGCGAGGCGACCAAGAACAACACACCGUCAUUGACCCUCAACGUCAAACACAAAGGCUAUCGCGCUGGGCGAAGGUCACGGACCUUCAUGGUCGGGGUAGACGAGCAUGCCUAUUCCGACUACGCGCUCCAGUGGCUGUUGGAUGAGCUCGUGGACGACGGCGACGAAGUGGUAUGCGUGCGCGUGGUGGAAAAGGAAAUUCGGGUCAACGAUAAACAAUAUGUCGACGAAGCCUCGGCGAUCAUGAAGGCGAUAGUCGCGAAAAACACUGCGAGCAAGGCUCUGAGCUUUGUUUUGGAAUUCGCAAUGGGGAAGCUCCAUGGGACAUUCCAGAAGCUGAUACAGAUGCACCAGCCUGCUAUGCUUGUGGUGGGCACGAGGGGCCGUUCUCUCGGCGGCUUGCAAGGAUUGGUCAACACACGCAAUUCUUUCUCGAAAUACUGCCUGCAGUACUCCCCAGUCCCCGUCGUCGUCGUUCGGCCAACUGAAAAACGGAUCAAGAAGAAGACGAAGCGUGCGAACGAUUCAGCGCGACAAACCUAUGUCACCAUGCUGUCAGCCACGCAUGGAAAGCAUGAGGCAGACAGCGAAGCAAGUAGCACUUACGAGCUGGAAACCCAAAUAUCUGCCGACGAGGAGGCCCACCAAGUGGCCAAAGUACUGGGCCUGCCAGCUGCAUUCGAUCCAACAAUCAAGCCUAUCAACCUCACACCGAGAUCACGCACACCUGUCCAAGCAACUGGUGAGCCUGCGGGAGAAGAUGACUCUCUCGUCCAAGCGCCCACCAGCCCUGGAAGCGAUAGCAGUGACACGGAGGAUGAUGAAGGAGAGGCCGAAUUCGAGGUCAUGGAUGGGAAGCAGGCGCUGAACCAACAGAAGUUGGAGCAGCUCCACAAGAUGGAGGUGGGAGAGGCCGCUGCUUUGAAGAUGCGUGUCGAAGAGGAUGAGGACUCAGACGACGACACUUCAAAUCAGAAGACUGCUUCAUAA